CAUGGCGCCUAACACCAAGCGUGUUUGUGUGGUUGGAGCCGGAGCCGCUGGGCUGUGUGCCGUCAAGGAGUGUUUGCAUCAAGGGCUGCAACCUGUAGGCUAUGAGAUGGAUGAUGAUUUAGGGGGCGUGUGGCGUCGUGCUGAGGAAGGUGAGCCAGUGCUGAAGCCCAUGAUGUACGACAAUCUAGUGACCAACACCACCAAAUGGACCAUGAGCUACUCAGACUUUCCGCCCCUGCCCCAGGACACACCUAUCUACACAAGGAAG